AUGGGCACAGUGGCGACCCAGGGGGCGAGCCCUGGGCGACCGCCGGAGAGCCCCGGGCGCUGCCGGCCGCGGGAACCCGCGGCUCGCCCGCAGAAGCUGCAUGCUGGCAGUGAUUCCUGCAGGCCCUUCCAGAGCAGCCCCUCAUCCUGUGCUCCUAGCGUUCCUUACAGGACCACCAAGAGCUUGGACUCCAGCGAGGAGAGCGCCUCCGACUCUGAUGACGACAGCUGCCUGUGGAAGAGAAAGAGGCAGAAGUGCUUCAACGUCUUCCCAGCCAAACCCGAGCCCUUCCAGCUCAGCCAGAGCCACCAAAAACAGACUGCUCUGCGUGGCAAGAAGGUCAACAACAUCUGGGGCGCGGUGCUCCAGGAGCAGAACCAGGAUGCAGUGGCUACUGAGCUUGGGAUUCUGGGCAUGGACGGUUCAAUUGACAGGAGCAGGCAGUCUGAGACUUACAACUACCUGCUGGCUAAAAAGCUGAUGAAGGAAGCCCAGCAGAAGGAGGCAGAGACUUUGGAUAAGGAGCUGGAUGAAUACAUGCAUGAUGACAAGAAGACAUUGGCGGCAGAGGAGGAGAAUGGGCAGAGCUUCCUCAAACGGAAGCGGCCCGUGAGAGAGAGACUGGGGGAAAGGCAAGAGAUGAAAUACAAGGGAAGGUAUGAGAUAACGGAGGAAGAUUCAGAGGAAAAAGUGGCAGAUGAAAUUGCUUAUCGACUUUGUGAGCCAAAGAAGGACUUAAUUGCUCGAGUAGUGAAAAUAAUUGGGAAGAGAAAAGCCAUCGAGCUGCUGAUGGAAACAGCUGAAGUGGAGCAGAAUGGUGGACUGUUCAUCGUGAAUGGCACCAGGAGAAGAACACCUGGGGGUGUUUAUUUAAACCUGCUGAAGAACACACCGAGCAUCAAAGAAGAACAAAUCAAGGAAAUAUUCUAUCUGGAAAACCAAAAGGAGUAUGAAAACAAAAAAGCUGCCAAGAAGAGGAGGAUACAAGUUCUGGGGAAGAAGAUGAAGAAGGCCAUCAAGGGGCUUAACCUGCAGGAAUAUGAUGAUGCAUCUCGUGAGACUUUUGCCAGUGACACAAAUGAGGCUCUGGCUUCCCUGGAUGAUCUGCAGGAGGGACACCACGAGGCAAAGAUGGAACCUGAGGAUACUAUUGAAAUUGAUAAUGCCCACGAUUUGGAGAUCUUUUAGUUACUCGUAUUCUUGAUAACAGAGUCUCUAUAAAAACAUGUUAAAUAAGCCUUUCUUGUAAUCCUGCAGCUUCUUGUUUUCAAAGUGUGGAGAAUACUUGAUUCUGAAAAAUAGGAAGUGAUUCUUAGCUAAACUUAACAGCAUGGAAGACUUUUAAUUGUCCUGCUACUUGUUUGCUGAGUCCUCAGAAACUGUCAAGAUUGUUCUAGAUAACAACCCUGUGUCACGGUAGGAAGUGUUUUUAGUCAGAUGUUAGGUUUAGGAGUUAAGACUGUGUUUUAACCAAAUAAUUCUCUUUUAAUUUGCCGAAGCACACAGCUUCACAGAGUCAUCAGGUGAGCAAUGCUCUUUACAGAUGAAUAGAAAAAACGGUAUGAAUUUAGUCUUGACAUAAAAGAUCAUAUAUUCUUAAUGUGGCAGUGUAUUGACAAAAACAGCAGUAUUUAUAGGACUAAGACCUGUAAAAACAGAUUGAUUUGUGAAAUAAACCUAAUUUUAGUGGACCUUUGAAUAAGAACCUUGUAAAUAAGCAGUAUUGAGCAAUGUAUGUGUCAGAUCUCUGCAAUUUUUUUCUUUGUAUUCCAAUGGUGACUUGAGCUUCCUAUCUGUUUUCCAUGAGUAGACAUGCACCUAGGUUCCAUGGAUCUUUUUGUUUGCAGACAAAUAUAACUGAAAGCUUUCAGAGUAGUGAGAUUUUAUUAAGCUGGGUUCCCUUCAAGGAUCUGUAGACUGUACUGCAGAUAUGAACCCUUUACCCUGCAGUUCUUGUUCUGUCCUCCUCCUGUGUGCAGUGAGAUAAUGUGCAGCUUGCAGAAGAUCUGGAGUUUUUCUGUGCUGACUCUUGCAGGGGAUAUUUUUUUUUUUCAUUUACUUGAUGCAGGAAACUGUUGUGUAGUUUGUUGGUUAAGCCCAAAACUAUUUUUAUGUUGAAUAUUGUUUUUAAUAUAGCUGAAGAACAUGUGCAACACUGAUAUGUAUGAUGUCUAAAGUAUUUUGUUACUAAUAAGUUGUGGCAUUUUUUGUAAGUAGACACUAUUCAGCCCAACUUUUGUGCAUAAAUUUUGUUAACCUUUGGGUCUUUGAGUUUCAGAAGGAAAGUGUGUCAGUACAACACAUAAUCAGUUUAUAAGAUUGAACAAUUCAGUACUGCCAAGAGCUGGCAUUUAAAGGAUUGCAGCAUUUGAAGAAAUACUUCUUACACAUAACGGCACAUUCCAUUACCUGCCUUACUAAACCUGGGUUUUGACUUUUCUGCUUUUUUUCUGUUCACAUGAAACAGAGGUCCUAAUUGUUAAAAAGUUACUCAUCAGCUAUGCAGCAAGCCUUUGCAGGUAGUAGUUGCUUGUGCUGAAAUAACAGAAUUUCUAAUUUUUCAUUAAUUUUCCUAACCAGUGAUGGUCAGACUAAACUGAAAACUCCUGUAAGGGAAACAGAAUUUUGUGCUGUUCAAUUGUUUUAGGACUGUAUCUUUUCAUCCUGGUUUUGGGAAUUGCUUGGGGAUAUAUCUUAACUGUUUUCUGGAUAGAAUCAGCAAAUUGUAACAUUGUUUUAAGCAAAUUUUAAUUGUAAUGUGAUUUGCACUGUGUAUUUUUUUAAUGUUAAUAUUUCUAACCUCGAUUUCCCAGGCAAGGGGUACCAAAAUGGUGUGUAAAGUGUUGUCUUUAACAAAAGGGUGAUAGGGGCAUUAAGCUAUUGGAGAGGGCAGUGAGGAUGGGGAGGGAUCUGGAGGGGGGCCCUAGGAGCUGAGGGCACUUGUCUGUUCAGCUGGAGGAGACUCACUGGAGUCCUCAAAAUCCUCAGGAGGGGAAGAGGAGGGGCAGGCACUCAUCUCUUCACUGGUGACCCGUGUAAGGACUCCAAGGAAUGGUAUGAAGCUGGGUCAGGGUUUUCAGGUUCAGAUUAGCUAUCAGGAAAACGUUCUUCCCCCAGAGGGUGGUUGGGCACUGGAACAGGUUCUCCAGGGCAGUGGUACCACCACCAAACCUGACAGAGUUCAGGGAGUGUUUGGACACUGCUCUGAUGAGGCACAGGGUGGGAUUUUUGGGGCUGUUUAGGGCCAGGAGCUGGACUGGAUAGUCCCUUCCAACUCAGCAGAUUCCAUGGUUCAGUUUCCUCCCAAGAGGAAAGAGACCUUUUCUUACCUUGUUUUUCUGUACUUUCCCUGGCUUUCAAUGGAGUCCUUCCAAAAGCCAAGCAAGUUCAAAAUUAUAAGUAGCUGCCAUUUGCUCUUGGUCCCCCAGCAAGCUCCUUGUGUUUGGUAUCAAACAGGUUGCAUUAGGCAUCCCCAGUUUCUGUGUCUGCACCAGAUAGACAGACACACCAGUCUGUCCUGGGCUGAUCCUCGCCCAGGGAGCAGCCCUGGCUGUCUUUUGGCUUGAAACAGAUGUGUGUCGCUAGAUUUUGUUCUGAUAGCUGAUGUUCUGCAGAUAAAAAUGCAAGCAACACAGGUUGGGGUUUCAAGUUUGAGCUCUUCAAGUUUCUCUGAUGAGCAGGUGUGGUUUUGAGGCAUUAUCUUUGCUGCAAAUAAAGACUCUCUACUGCUGGUACAAACAUCACCCUCCAUCCCAUAAACUAUAGCAGCAUAAUGAGCCAUCUCUGUUAUACCCGAAGAAGAUGCUGAAAAAAUGAGAGAAAUGUGCUUUGGUCUGAAAACACAAAGCACAAAUAACCAAAAACCUUUUGCUACCUUGCAUCCAAAAUUCCAACUGGAAAGCAAUGAUUUUUGGUACCACUAGAAAAAGUAGUUUAUUUAAGAUUCAGUUUUACUGUGGAUCUUGAAAACAUCAUUUGAAGUACAAUUGCAAUUUUACAGAUUCUCCUUCCCCUUCCAAAUAGAUUAUCUCAUUAAGGUGCUCUUACGCCCUCUGGGCUUAUUAACUGCUGUUUUCCAAAAUUCUUAAGCAAGUGUGGAAUGACACAGUUCAAGGUAUAAAGGUGAUGGGAAAAGGAGAUGAUCGUAUUAAAUAUGGCAUUUCUGUUACAGAGAUUAAUUCCUUGCAUUUUUUCAGAGUAAAGGGGAAGGGGUUGACUGAGUAAUAAAAACAAUUCUUAAGGGUUUUUUUUUAAUUCUGUGUUUUUAUUAAUCAUAAAACUUCAAUAUGACAAUGCUCAUUAUUUAUCCCCUUAACUUAGACCAUCCUGUGACUCAGACAAGUGUGACAGAGGCAAUAUUUAAAAUGUUUAUUUCAGCGUACAGAGGAGAAUUCAUGGCUACAGUGAAUAGUGGCUUCUUUGGUGCCCCACUCCUGUUCCUAAUUCUUGCUGGUCAGCAACACUUCAGAGAUCCAAGCCUUUUUCUGAACCGUUCUGCAGCUUCAGUGGAUCUGGGACUAUCCAUCCAAUCUUGGAGCUUUGGCAUAAGAGUUCGCUUAAGGCAUUUGGGAAUGUGGCAGAGACAAUGACUGCAAAUUCCUCGCACCACCUCUUGAAUUCAGCAGGCAGCUGGAAAACAUGGCAACCUUUGCAGCAGCUAUGGCCUCUUGGUGAUUUUGGACCUCAUGCAUCCCAUCUUAUUUGUGCUGAUAGAUCAUGCCACAUUUUCAGAGCUGUGGGAGGAACAUCACCUGUAAUAUAUUUAAUAUUGCCCAGCCAAAUGCAUUUCUAGAAUCACAAACAUUUGGACCUAAAUACAGACACAAAUAAAGAAUGUAUAUCUGAAGGGAG